AGAGGGUUUUCUUUUCUAAGAGAGAAAUGGAAAAAUAAAAACAUCUACGUGUAACAAGCUCCACAAGUCUGCAACUCUCUUUGCCAUGUGUAACCAUUAGAACAGCAUGGAGAAGAAGGAUGUAGAUAAUCAUAAUAAUAAUAAUAAGGUAGAGUUGGAGGUAGUUCAUAUUGCCAUUCAACAGCUCUUGGAUGAAAGAAAGAAGAACAAAAAGGAACUGGUUGAAGAUGAAGAUGAAGAUGAAGAUGAAGAUAAACUUCUUUCUAAAUUAUUAACUCAGGUGGAAUUAUUAGAGAAAGAUCAUAAGAAUGGUGACAAAGAGGAAACUAGCAGAAAUUCUGUAGAGAAUGAUGUGAGGAUUGAUGAGGUUGUGAAGGAAAUUAAGGGGGUGAAGAGGCAGAACAUGAUCACUCAUUGUCUUCUUUCAGUGUUGAUCAUAGCAACUGCCUUCUGGCAAUUAUCUGAGGUCUCAAUAUUGCUUGCAGUGAAGGAGAAGUUAAGUAAUCCAGUCAAAGCCAUUGGUGAUUUGUUUAAAGGUGUUCUCAAAGGCCAAAACAAUAAACUACUCACUGAACCACCUCCAAUGCCUCCACAGCUCCCUCAUGUCAAUAUUCCAGCCUUGUCCUUGAACAACAACGCCGGCCACCGUGACGGUGAUAUCAUUUCAGAUUGAUUGAUUCAUGGUGUUCAACCUGCAAACCUUAAACCACAAUGACAAGAUCAAACACUGAACUCCAUGAACAGCAACACCUCACCACCUUUCUCUUCUUCUUCACCAUUAUCAUCAUC